GACGGGUGAAGCGGUGAAUGUAUUGAAGGCGGAUGGCAAGCGAGUGCUCUUUGUGACCAAUAAUAGCGUGCGGUCGGACAAAGAUUAUAUAAAUAAGUUCAUCGAGAGCGGAGUGGAGGAUUUUCAAAUACACGACAUUAUGCAUCCAGUAAAGGCUAUGUUGUACUAUAUCAAGAAACAUAAUAUAAAGCAACCGAUUUUCUCAUUAUGCAGCGCUUUCGGAAAUGACAAGCUUCGCAAUGGAGGCAUAGAUGUGAGGACUUUGCUCACCAAGAAAGACGUCACACCCGAUACUUUGGAGAGAAUCACAAAACCGGAACAGAAAAUGGGCGCAGUGUUGUUUGAUAUUAAUUUGGAACUCUCUUAUACGCAAUUGGUUGCGGCCACACGAUAUCUAGCAGAUAAAGAUUGUCAAUUUAUUGCUGGGGGUUUAGAGCGAAUGUUACCAAUGACAAGAGAGAUAAUGGUGCCAGGAUUUGGCGAUUUUCUCGACACUCUUAGGCGCUUCACACGACGUGAGCCGACAAUAGUUAGCAAACCGGCGUUGUUGCUCGGUGAAAUUUUGAAGGACGUCUAUAAAUUGACGGAGCCCAAGCGUUGCCUUUUUGUUGGCGAUUCGCUGAAGAACGAUGUACGCUUCGGUCGGGAUUGUGGCUUUCAAACAUUGCUCGUAUUAAGUGGCAGCACAUCUAUCGAGGAAAUGCGUGCAGCAAGUGCGGAGCACCAGCCACAUUUUUAUGCGGAUGGUAUGGCGGAUUUUAUACAGUUAUACGAUAAUAUAGGCAAAAAUACUUAAAUAUUGUAUGAGU